CCGGGAGCUCAGAGCUCAGCAUUUCUCUGUUAAAGACACGUUGUCAGAAAUCGCCUGCCGAGCUUCAAAUUGUCCACCUCCAGCCGCUAGCGACGCACCCCCGUUGAUUUUCCUUUUCCUUCGAGCUCUGGGAGCGACAUCCAUUGCCCACCCCCAUCGUGUCGUCUGUCGACGUCGACAGUUCCUUCCUUUCUCCAUUCAUCUCCGCGCCCGUCUGCAGCCCUCAUCCGUCAGUUGGCUUCGCUGAGCUGCUUGAGAUAGCGCUCGGUUCUGCACAAUGAGGUUCAACGUCGCUGCCGCUGCCGCCGGCGCGGCCUUCCUGGUCGGUGGCGUGAAUGCCGAGGACCAGAAGGUGCUCAAGGACGAGAGCUCGUCCAGCUCGGUCGCCGAGUCGGCCACCAAGUCUACUCCCGAGCUCCCGACCUUUACUCCCACCAAGCUCAAGGCUCCGUUCCUCGAGCAGUUCACCGAUGACUGGGAGACGCGGUGGAAGCCUUCGCACGCCAAGAAGGGCAACACCGGCGACGAGGAGUGGGCGUACGUCGGCGAGUGGGCGGUUGAGGAGCCCACCGUCUACAAGGGCAUGGAGGGCGACAAGGGCCUUGUCGUCAAGAACCCUGCCGCUCACCACGCCAUCUCGGCCAAGUUCCCCAAGAAGAUCGACCCCAAGGGUAAGACCCUGGUGGUCCAGUACGAGGUCAAGCUGCAGAACAACCUCGAGUGCGGUGGCGCCUACAUGAAGCUGCUGCGGGACACGAAGGCCCUGCACCAGGAUGAGUUCUCCAACACGACCCCCUACGUCAUCAUGUUCGGUCCCGACAAGUGCGGCCACACCAACAAGGUCCACUUCAUCUUCAACCACAAGAACCCCAAGACGGGCGCCUACGAGGAGAAGCACCUGAACUCGGCCCCCACCGCCAAGAUCGUCAAGACCACGGAGCUCUACACGCUGAUCGUGCACCCCAACAACACGUUCAUCAUCCAGCAGAACGGCGAGCAGGUCAAGGAAGGCAGCCUCCUCGAGGACUUCACCCCCGCCGUCAAUCCUCCCAAGGAGAUCGACGACCCCAAGGACAAGAAGCCGGAUGACUGGGUUGACGAGGCUCGCAUUCCCGACCCGGAUGCUAAGAAGCCGGAUGACUGGGAUGAGGAUGCGCCGUACGAGAUUGUUGACGAGGAGGCUACUCAGCCUGAGGACUGGCUUGUUGAUGAGCCGCAGUUCAUUCCCGACCCCGAGGCAAAGAAGCCCGAGGACUGGGAUGACGAGGAGGACGGCGACUGGAUUCCCCCCACUGUUGCCAACCCCAAGUGCGCGGAGGUCUCUGGAUGCGGCCCGUGGACGAAGCCGAUGAAGAAGAACCCCGCCUACAAGGGCAAGUGGACCCCCCCGUACAUUGACAACCCGGCCUACAAGGGCCCCUGGGCUCCGCGCAAGAUCAAGAACCCCGACUACUUCGAGGACAAGCACCCCGCCAACUUUGAGCCUAUGGGCGCUAUUGGCUUCGAGAUCUGGACCAUGCAGAACAACAUCCUGUUCGACAACAUCUACGUCGGUCACUCAGUCGAGGAUGCCAGGAAGUUCGCCGAGGAGACCUUCUUCAAGAAGCACCCGGUUGAGAAGGCGCUCGAGGAAGCGGACAAGCCCAAGGUCGAGGAGACGCCCAAGUCCCCGAGCGACCUCAAAUUCCUUGACGACCCCAAGAAGUACGUCCAGGAGAAGCUCGACCUCUUCCUCACUCUCGUCAAGAAGGAUCCCAUCGAGGCCAUCAAGUCUGUGCCUGAGGUCGCUGGCGGUCUCGCGGCCCUCCUGGUCACUGUUGUUGCCCUCAUCGUUGGUCUUCUCGGCGCUGGUUCCUCCCCCGCCCCGGCCGCCAAGAAGGUUGCCACGGAUGUGAAGGAGAAGGCCAAGGAGGUGAAGGACAAGGCUGCCUCGGCCACGGCGACUGGCGCCGACACUGCCAAGGACGCCACCAAGCGCGCCACCCGCAGCCAGUCGUAGAUGGCAGCGUACUUCCGAGGGCGGAACGUACUUUUCGGGGGAGUUGUACUUGAGCACAAGCACUACUCUUACGACACGAGUAGUGAAGUCAGUGGCCGCGAACUGGAGAUCCCUUAUUUUGCUUCCUUUCUGCUCAUUUUAGGUCUGCGGGGUCCCACGGCGCAACUGUAUUCUAGGCACCAAAAUACAACAGGCGUUAGUACUGGGCACAUCCGUGGCUUAUUUGUGCUGGCUCCUUCUUUGCGUUCCUGUGUGGCAGUUUGCUUAUUUUUGUCGCGAUUGACUUGGUCCUGGUCUCGAGCCAAACGGCCCCUGAUGCUUCUGUCUGCGAGUUGUCCCCAGUUUCCGGGCCUUCCCCGCAGCCCCGGCCCCGUUCUG